AGAAUCCGGGUGGUUUGCAAACCCGGAUGUCAGGCUCCUUGUCCUGGAGAUUCUCAAAUCGCUCACCCACAGCUCCUCUUCGGCCUCCCCCGGAAAGGAGAGAGCGGAGCUGCGAACUGGAGGAGCAGGGAGUGUGCGCUGGGCAGCCUCACUGCUCCUGUCCCCACCCCAAAGGCAGGAAUUUCUGGGAUGGGCAGAUGGCUCACCCCUCCUCCUCCUCCUUCCCCAAGCCGCAGUGGGUAGGGCGGGGAAAACGCGGGGGACUUUCCCGCGUCCCAGCCAGAGCCCCGAGUGUCCAUUCACUGUAGCGACAGGGGUGGCGGAGUGGGUCUCCAGGGCCCGGGGGUGUCAAGGCCCCCGGAGGGGUGGGGCGCGGAGGAGGCUGCGGAUCCGCCUCCGCGCUGCAGGGCCGGGUGCUUGGGGUGCGCCUGUGGGCUCCCGGGACAAGGGGCGCCCGGCGAGCCCAGUGGUUAGCGAUGCUGCUGUCGCCGUCGCUGCUGCUGCUGCUGCUGCUGCUGGGGGCGCCGAGGGGCUACGCCGAGGACGUGGCGGCGGCGCUCACCCCCGAGCGGCUCCUGGAGUGGCGGGAUAAAGGAAUAUUUAUUAUCCAAAGUGAGAGUCUGAAGAAAUGCAUUCAAGCAGGUAAAUCGGUACUGACCCUGGAGAACUGCAAGCAAGCAAACAAGCACAUGCUGUGGAAAUGGGUUUCAAACCAUGGCCUCUUUAACAUAGGAGGCAGCGGUUGCCUGGGCCUGAAUUUCUCUGCCCCAGAGCAGCCCUUAAGCUUAUACGAAUGUGACUCCACCCUCGUUUCCUUGCGGUGGCGCUGUAACAGGAAGAUGAUCACCGGCCCGCUGCAGUACUCCGUCCAGGUGGCACAUAACACAGUGGUGGCCUCACGGAAGUAUUUUCAUAAGUGGAUUUCUUAUGUGUCAGGUGGUGGAGAGAUUUGUGAAUAUCUACACAAAGAUUUGCACACAAUCAAAGGGAACACCCAUGGGAUGCCGUGUAUGUUUCCCUUCCAGUAUAACCAUCAGUGGCAUCAUGAGUGUACCCGUGAAGGUCGGGAAGAUGACUUAUUGUGGUGUGCCACGACAAGCCGUUAUGAAAGAGAUGAAAAGUGGGGAUUUUGCCCUGAUCCCACCUCUGCAGAAGUAAGUUGUGAUACUAUUUGGGAGAAGGACCUCAAUUCACACAUUUGUUACCAGUUCAACCUGCUUUCAUCUCUCUCUUGGAGCGAGGCACAUUCUUCAUGCCAGAUGCAAGGAGGUGCUCUGUUAAGUAUUACAGAUGAAACUGAAGAAAAUUUCAUAAGGGAGCACAUAAGCAGUAAGGCAGUGGAGGUGUGGAUCGGUCUCAAUCAGCUGGAUGAACACUCUGGCUGGCAGUGGUCUGAUGGAACACCGCUCAACUACCUAAAUUGGAGCCCAGAGGUAAAUUUUGAGCCAUUUGUUGAAAAUCACUGUGGAACAUUUAGUUCAUUUAUGCCAAGUGCCUGGAGGGGUCGGGAUUGUGAGUCCACCUUGCCAUAUAUAUGUAAAAAAUAUCUAAACCACACUGAUCAUGAAAUAGUUGAAAAAGAUGCGUGGAAAUAUUAUGCUACCUACUGUGAGCCUGGCUGGAAUCCCUACAAUCGUAAUUGCUACAAACUUCAGAAAGAAGAAAAGACCUGGCAUAAGGCUUUGCGUUCUUGUCAGGCUGAUAACAGUGCAUUAAUAGAUAUAACCUCAUUAGCAGAGGUGGAGUUUCUUGUAACCCUCCUUGGAGAUGAAAAUGCAUCAGAAACAUGGAUUGGUUUGAGCAGCAAUAAAAUUCCAGUUUCCUUUGAAUGGUCUAGUGACUCUUCAGUCAUCUUUACUAAUUGGCACACACUUGAGCCGCAAAUUUUUCCAAAUAGAAGCCAGCUGUGUGUCUCAGCAGAGCAGUCUGAGGGACACUGGAAAGUCAAAAAUUGUGAAGAAACACUUUUUUACAUUUGUAAAAAAGCAGGCCAAGUCCUCUCUGAUGCUGAAUCAGGAUGUCAAGAGGGAUGGGAGAGACAUGGUGGAUUCUGUUACAAAAUUGACACAGUCCUUCGAAGCUUUGACCAAGCUUCCAGUGGUUAUUACUGUCCUCCUGCACUUGUAACCAUUACAAACAGGUUUGAACAGGCUUUUAUUACCAGUUUGAUCAGUAGUGUGGUAAAAAUGAAGGACAGUUAUUUUUGGAUAGCUCUUCAAGACCAAAAUGAUACAGGAGAAUACACUUGGAAGCCAGCAGGGCGGAAACCUGAGCCGGUGCAGUACACACACUGGAACGCACACCAGCCCAGCUACAGUGGUGGCUGUGUUGCCAUGCGAGGAAAGCAUCCACUUGGUAGCUGGGAAGUGAAGGACUGUCGGCACUUUAAGGCAAUGUCCUUGUGCAAGCAGCCAGUUGAAAAUCAGGAAACAGCAGAGCAUGAAGAGAGAUGGCCCUUUCACCCCUGCUAUUUGGACUGGGAGUCAGAGCCUGGUCUGGCCAGUUGCUUCAAGGUAUUUCAUAGUGAAAAAGUUCUCAUGAAAAGAACAUGGAGAGAAGCUGAAGCGUUUUGCGAAGAAUUUGGAGCUCAUCUUGCAAGCUUUGCCCAUAUUGAGGAAGAGAAUUUUGUGAAUGAGCUCUUACAUUCAAAAUUUAAUGGGACAGAAGAAAGGCAGUUCUGGAUUGGAUUUAAUAAACGAAACCCACUGAAUGCUGGCUCGUGGGAGUGGUCUGAUAGAACUCCUGUUGUCUCUUCGUUUUUAGACAAUAAUUAUUUAGGAGAAGAUGCAAGAAACUGUGCUGUUUACAAGGCAAACAAAACAUUGCUGCCCUUACACUGUGGUUCCAAGCGUGAAUGGAUAUGCAAAAUCCCAAGAGAUGUGAAACCCAAGAUUCCCUUCUGGUACCAGUACGAUGUACCCUGGCUCUUUUAUCAGGAUGCAGAAUACCUUUUUCAUACCUUUGCCUCAGAAUGGUCGAAUUUUGGGUUUGUCUGUAGCUGGCUGCACAGUGAUCUUCUUACAAUUCAUUCUGCACAUGAGCAAGAAUUCAUCCACAGCAAAAUAAAAGCGCUAUCAAAGUAUGGUGCAAGCUGGUGGAUUGGACUUCAAGAAGAAAGAGCCAAUGAUGAAUUUCGCUGGAGAGAUGGAACACCAGUGAUAUACCAGAAUUGGGACACGGGAAGAGAAAGAACUGUGAAUAAUCAGAGCCAGAGAUGUGGCUUUAUUUCUUCUAUAACAGGACUCUGGGGUAGUGAAGAGUGUUCAGUUUCUAUGCCUAGUAUCUGUAAGAGAAAAAAGGUUUGGCUCAUAGAGAAAAAGAAAGAUACACCGAAACAACAUGGAACGUGUCCCAAAGGAUGGCUAUAUUUUAACUAUAAGUGCCUUUUGCUGAAUAUCCCCAAAGACCCAAGCAGUUGGAAGAACUGGACGCAUGCUCAACAUUUCUGUGCUGAAGAAGCGGGGACCCUGGUCGCCAUUGAAAGUGAGGUGGAGCAAGCUUUCAUUACUAUGAAUCUUUUUGGCCAGACCACUAAUGUGUGGAUAGGUUUACAAAAUGAUGAUUAUGAAACAUGGCUAAAUGGAAAGCCUGUGGUAUAUUCUAACUGGUCUCCAUUUGAUACAAUAAAUAUUCCAAAUCACAAUACCACUGAAGUUCAGAAACACAUUCCUCUCUGUGCCUUGCUCUCAAGUAAUCCCAAUUUUCAUUUCACUGGAAAAUGGUAUUUUGAAGACUGUGGAAAGGAAGACUAUGGGUUUGUAUGUGAAAAAAUGCAAGAUACUUCUGGACGUGGUGUAAAUACAUCCGAUAUGUAUCCAAUGCCCAAUACCUUAGAAUAUGGCAACAGAACUUACAAAAUAAUUAAUGCAAAUAUGACUUGGUAUGCAGCAAUAAAAACCUGCCUGAUGCACGGAGCACAGCUGGUCAGCAUCACAGACCAGUAUCACCAAUCCUUCCUCACUGUUGUCCUCAACCGGCUAGGAUAUGCCCACUGGAUUGGACUGUUCACUACAGAUAAUGGUCUUAAUUUUGACUGGUCUGAUGGCACCAAAUCCUCUUUCACUUUUUGGAAAGACGAGGAGUCCUCCCUCCAUGGUGACUGCGUUUUUGCCGACACCAACGGACGCUGGCAUAGCACAGCCUGUGAGUCAUUUCUGCAAGGUGCCAUUUGUCAUGUGCCCCCUGAAACAAGACCAUCUGAACACCCAGAGUUGUGCUCCGAAACAUCUAUUCCCUGGAUAAAAUUUAAAAGUAAUUGCUACAGUUUUUCUACAGUCCUAGACAGUAUGAGUUUUGAGGCUGCUCAUGAAUUUUGCAAAAAGGAAGGUUCUAAUCUUUUAACAAUCAAGGAUGAGGCUGAAAAUGCAUUUCUCCUAGAAGAGCUGUUUGCUUUUGGUUCUUCUGUCCAGAUGGUUUGGUUGAAUGCUCAAUUUGAUGGUAACAAUGAAACCAUAAAGUGGUUUGAUGGAACUCCCACAGACCAGUCAAACUGGGGCAUUCGGAAGCCAGACACAGACUACUUCAAGCCCCAUCAUUGUGUUGCCCUGAGGAUCCCGGAAGGAUCAUGGCAGCUAUCCCCGUGUCAAGAAAAAAAGGGCUUUAUAUGUAAAAUGAAGGCAGAUAUUCGCACUGCAGAGGAGCUGCCAGAAAAAGGACCAAGUCACAGCAUCAUUCCUCUUGUGGUAGUCCUGACACUCAUAGUCACUGUGGCCAUUUGCACACUUUCCUUCUGCAUCUACAAGCAUAACGGUGGUUUCUUCGGGAGACUUGCAGGGUUUCGGAAUCCUUACUAUCCUGCAACCAACUUUAGUACGGUACAUUUAGAAGAACAUAUUCUCAUUUCUGAUCUUGGGAAGAGUGACCAAUAAUAAUGAGGUCAGAGAAUGCCCCAGCCACCAGGAUUAUGAUAGAACUCAAAUUGUUGUAGUAUCUCCAGUCAAAGGAACUUAGGCUUCUUGAGAAAGUAGUUGAUUGCAGGUCUAAGGCAGGAAAACACAAGAUGAAACUGGAAUAUCUUGUGACGGCAGAAAAUAAGGAGGUGCUCACAGAAAGAUGGGGCAUGUCCAAAGGGCACAGGAACCAACCUGAAGGAGCUUUCCAGUGGAAAUGUUGGAACAAUUUGAGCAAAAAAUAAAAAAUGAUAAUAUUGGAUUAUAACCCAUACAAUACAUACCUGUGUGUCCAUACUGAUGUAAACAAUUGAAUGAGUGAAUGAAAGAAUGAAAAGAAGACACAGUUCUUCUCCCCAGCAAAUUCCAAUUAAUAAAUGUAGAAGAAAUGGGAGAAACAAAAAUCACUAUCAGGAAAACACAACAAUAAUAAUUGUUGUUGGCAAGACCUACAAGUUGGUGCAAAAGUUAGGGGGUGAAUGUUUGAGGAAAAACAGAAUAUUUGCAUAACCUUGCAGUAUUCCCCCCAAAAUAAUCACUAAUUACAAAGGGAAAGUAAUAACUUUACAGUAAAGAAACUUCUUUAAUCAAGGGAUCAAGGUUAACAGAAGCAGUAAUAAGCCACAUCAGCAUCAUGUACCCCCUGGUAUGGCACUGAGGAGGGCACAUGACUUCUUUGGUAUCCUCCCCAAAAUGCGUAAUCUCAACUUAAUCAUGAAAAAACAUUAGACAAAUCCAAGUUGAGGGACAUUCCACAAGAUAAAUGAUCACUUCAAAAGUGUCCAGGUCAUGAAAGAAAGGAAAGAUUGCGGAAAUGUCAAGGAUUGGAGGACACUAAAGAGACAUGACAACUAUAUGCAAGUUGAAAUCCUAAACUGGAUCCUGGAACAGAAAAUGGACUUUAUGGGAAAAUGGGAAAGUAAAAUAAAGUCUGUGGCUUAAUUAAUAGUAUUGUACCAGUAUUAGUUUCUUUGUUUUGAUGAUUAUACCAUGGUUUUGUGAGGUGUACCGUUAGAAGAAGCUGAGGGAGGCUGUACAGGAACUCUCUGGACUAAGUUGGCAAUUUUUCUGUAAACCUAAAAUCAUUUCAAUAUACAAAGUUAACAUUUUGCUAUGAUAUUAUUCCAUUGGCUAUAUUAAAAGGGCGAUAAGGCACUUUUAUUUUUACACGUCAUUAUUUAUAAUAUUCUGAAAAUUGCAUCCUAAUUAUAAAAAAUUUUGGCUGUCAACUUAGAAAUUCGUGAAGCGAAAUGCCUUCUUUCACAAUUAUUUUAGCAAUUUUGUAUGCUAGCCAAAAAGUUUGAGGACCACUUCUAUAUGACGUUUUAUCUCUCUUGUCUCAGAUGAGAAGCAGUGCAAAACCCUGUGUGUCUCCAACCUACCUAACACACCAUCCGCUGUAGGAUUAGGACCCAGACACAUCUUGCUGCAGGCCACGCUGACUUCCAUCUGCUCUCUUUUCUCUGCAUUCUUCUUUUGUGUCACUUCCCUGUCUUAUCAAUACUUCUAAUUCUCAUACUCCUGCUUAUCCCCUACAACCUUAUGCCUUAGUAUUAAUAGGGUACGGCAGGGAAAAACUCACUUCAUUUCCAUUUUGUUCUUAGAGUAGAAAAAUUGGGAGACAUUUCCAAAAUGGCAUGUACAUCAUGAUUCUUAUUGCCAACAUUUAUUAGAAACUUUGACUGUAGUGAUUAUCAAGAUACAUGCCUGGACUAUUUAUUACCUCUUUCCCCACCUUUCAAAAUGAGGAUUUAGAGCAGGAGUUGGCAGGGCCAAAUCCAGCCUGCAGCCCAUUUUGGAAAUAAGGUUACUGGGACACUGCCAUUCCGCAUUCGCUCACAUACUGUGCAUGACUGCUUUCAUGCUUCCAUGACAGAGCUGAGUGGUUGCAACAGAGACCGAAUGGCCUGCAAAGCCUAAAAUACUUACUUUCUGGACCUUUACAGGAAGUUUGCCAACCCCUGAUUUAGAAAGUGAAAACCUAAAUGGGGAAGUCUUACAUACUUUAACGUAUCUUAGCAAGCACUGUUAUGUUAAUGUAUAUGGGCAGCACUUAAAAUAUAUUAAUAAACAAUUCUGAUCAGUAAACAUUUAUUUAGAGCCUCUUGCGGCCCAGAGAGUGUCCUGUGCUCGGAGGCUAUAAAUACCAAUAACACCCCAUCUCUCCCCUCAUGGAACUUAGUCUUGGGGAGAGGAAUAUGUAAAUGAUAAGUGCAAUGCAAUGUGACAUAAAUAAUAUCAAGAGGAAGAGAAUCAGCAAAAAAAAGGAGAGGAGACUGAUUAAUUCUGUCAGAAGUAGACAAAGCCUUAACAAGAUAAGUAAUAUAUAUUGAAUUGUAGGAAAUGUUAGAUAAAACAGCUUUCUUUAGUAUUUUUUGAGUUAGAAAGCAAGUUUUUAGCUUGGGGUCCGAAUAUUUUUAGAGAAAAAUUUUAAAAUGUGCCUAAAUCUGAAAUUCUGGAUUUAAAAAAGUGAAACUAUGCAUGUGCCUCUAAUACCUAAUGACGAAUUCUAAUUGCAGAAGAAUGCCAAUAACUGAAACCACAAAAUGAGCCCUAUGUAUACCGGUGACCUUCUUUACUCAGAAUUAAUUAACACAAGCACUUGUUUCUUGCAGAGCACUUUGCUGUAAUUUAGAACAAAUUAAGGGAAAAAAUCAUUCAAGUGCUGUUUUCUUCACACCAUGAAGUAAGCAUGAUGGACCAAAGUUAACUCAUUUAAGAUAUUAUCAUCCAUUUUUUGUAAUUAUGAACAGCAAUAUCAUCUUUUUUCUUCAAAAAAAAAAGACAUCCUGAUCUAUGCUAUUUUCAGCUUGUUUCCUGUGCUUCUAUUUAUUAAUGGAAAUUGAUUUUUCAAGAUUAAUGUAAAAUGUGUUUAUGUUUCUCCCAUUAAGUCUCUUAUUUAUAUUAGAUUCAAUGUAUAUGUUCUGGAUAUUUUUCAAAUAAAUAUAUUUUUAAUAUAA